AUGAACGCCAUAUACUUGAUGUUGGUUGAAGUCACCGACCGUCCCGAUCCGCCCGGUCGUCCGAUUGUGCAAGAUCAGAAUGUCGAUUCAGUGCGUCUUCUUUGGGCGACUUCAAUGCAAGACGGCGGAAGCGCUGUUCGAAAUUACACAGUUGAAAUGCGCAAAGAAUCACAAGAUGAAUGGACAAAAGCUGAAGUUACAAAGCAAGCGUUCACGACGCUGUUCAAUCUGCAGCCUGGACAAACGUACAGGUUCCGUGUGCGUGCGGAUAACAUGCUUGGCAUAAGUGAACCGUCUGAGGAAUCUGAAUCGGUGUUUAUACCAGAUGUGACCCGGACAGUUGCGGAACCAAGUGCCAAAGACAGGAGGGCAUCCGAAACACCGGAAUCGCUUGAUUAUGAUCGUAUGGUGACCGACAUCAAAUCCACAGAUUAUAGAACGAUUGAUGUUAAUAGAUUGCCAAACGAUCUUCAGGCUAAGUAUAUAAUAUGUGAAGAACUUGGACGUGGAGCAUACGGUACUGUCUAUCGUGCAAUUGAGAAGUCAACAGGUAAGACUUGGGCUGCAAAAAUGGUGCAAGUGAGACCAGGCGUUAAGAAGGACGCUGUUCUACAUGAGAUCAACAUUAUGAAUCAGUUACAUCACAAUAAGCUACUCAAUUUGCACGAGGCUUUCGAUCUUGGCAACGAGAUGUGUCUCAUUGAAGAAUUUGUAUCUGGUGGCGAACUAUUUGAUCGAAUUCUCGAGGAUGAUUCAUUGAUGUCAGAAGAUGAAGUACGUAAUUAUAUCCAUCAGAUUCUGCUCGGUGUACAACAUAUGCACCAGAAGGAUAUCGUCCAUCUUGACUUAAAGCCCGAAAAUAUUCUGCUGAAAUCGAAGGAUAGCACUGAGAUCCGAAUUAUCGAUUUUGGACUGGCCAGAAAGCUGGAUCCGAAAAAGACCGUGAAACUCUUAUUUGGUACUCCAGAAUUCUGUGCACCCGAAGUGGUCAACUUCCAACCAGUCGGCUUAAGCACCGACAUGUGGACGAUUGGCGUGGUUACAUACGUGCUACUCUCUGGGUUGUCGCCAUUUUUGGGUGAUACCGACGAGGAAACACUGGCCAACAUUUCGGCGGCUGAUUGGGAUUUCGAUGAUGAAGAAUGGCAAGACGUCUCUCCAAUGGCGAAAGAUUUUAUUAGCCGUUUGAUGGUCAAAGAUAGAAGAAAACGUCUUACUGUAGCCGAAGCUCUAUCGCAUCCAUGGAUAACGAAGGCACAACCAGAGGUGGAGCGUUCAAGGAUAUCGUUGCGGCAGAAGCGUGAUUUCUUUGCACGUAAACGUUGGAGUGAUGAGCUGGUGCCGAUUGGACGACUCGCAAAACGUGGCGCAAUAUUCAGACGCCUCUCAAUGGAUGGCGUUUUCGAACGAAGCAUUAAAUUCGAUACCGAUUAUGCACCAACUGUUAAACGUCGUCUUGAAGACAUAGUCGCUAAUGUCGGCGAUUUGAUAGCCACUCUAUCUUGUGAGGUAGACGGUGUACCAACGCCUCGAAUAAAAUGGUUCAAAGACGAUGAAGAGCUAAAAAUAGCCGCAGAAAAGUACACAUCAUCGUUCAAAAAAGGCGUGGUGGAAUUAGACGUGAAGAAUAUCGAAAAGUCCGAUGAAGGUACCUACACCAUGCGUGCCACAAAUGAAAUUGGCUCAGUGGAAAGUAAAGCGAGUCUUGUCGUUGAGGAAGUUAAAAAGAAGAAGAAAAAGAAGGAUGAUGAGAAAGAACCGGAACGGGAAGAGAUUGUCGGUAGUGCGCCCACUUUCCAUUAUCAAUUAACUGAUCAAACUGUGAAACUCGGUCAUCCGGCUAUUUUAACGGUGACGAGCACGACACUACCCGAACCUGAGGUAGAAUGGUUCCACGAUACGGCACCUGUUGACAUCAACAAUCCCAAAUACGCAUUCCGACAUAACAAAGGUCGCUGUGAACUGGAGAUUCUUUCUUGUGAAGCCACAGAUGAUGGCAAUUGGAAAGUGGUUGGAAAGAAUGCGUUUGGACGAUGCGAAAGCAGUUGUAAAUUGACCGUUGAAAUACCGAAAGAUAUUAAAGCACCUGAAUUUAUGAAACUCCUCAAAGACAUUAAAUGUACCGAAAGAGAAAUGCUUGAAUUGGAAACAACGGUUGAUGCCAAACCAACGCCUGAGAUUGUGUGGUACCGUGAAAACAAAGAGCUAUACGAUUGUGAUCGAUACAAGAUCAAAUUCGAUGAUCGUUGUCAAAAGUAUUCGCUAACAAUCGUAAACGCUUAUGCUGAAGACAGUGGCAGCUAUCGCUGUGUAGCUACGAAUCUCGCCGGUUCUGCUGAAACUUCAUGCGUGAUAAACAUCGAAGAGCCAGAAAAGUCGUCUGUACGACAGCAGAUUGAUGAAAGUAAAGCGCCACGCUUCGAGAUGCCAUUAACGAAUCGUGAAAUUCCAGAAGGUUUCGAGCUGACGCUUGUAUGCGCCGUAACUGGAACUCCAUCUCCAACGGUUACAUGGAUGCGAAACGGCAAACCAAUAAAACCAGAUGAUUGUGAAACCAAGUUCGAGAAUGGCGUCUGUACGCUAAUGCUUUCAACAACCACAUCGAAAGAUGCUGGCGAAUAUACAUGUCUUGCAGAGAAUUGCCAUGGCUCAGCCAAAUCUACAAGCAACGUGAAGAUUCAACCAUUUGAAUCAGUCAACAUCAAACCAUCGUUCAAAGAGCAGCUGAUCGACGUGUCAGCAAUCGAAGGUUCUGAGAUAGCGCUAGAAUGUAAAGUGAUCGGAACACCAGCCCCACAAAUAACAUGGUAUAAGGAUGGCUUGAAGUUGCUGCUCGAGAACAGAAUGUUGCAAUAUACCGACAGAAAAGGUUUGUCGAGGUUGAAUAUAAUGAAUGUUGUGAUGAACGAUGCGGGUGAAUACUCAUGUGAAGCGGUCAAUCCACUCGGAAAAGACUUCACGCAUUGUAAUGUCAACAUUGUUGAUAUGGGUCAAAGCAAUAUACGCCGUUCGCCAACAAAAUCCAUUACUCAUAGUCCAUCACCAGUACGAGUAUCACCUCAAAAAGAAGUCCAGAAACCACCUGUCAUAACUCGACCGUUGAAUGAUGCUACAGUUGAUGGCAAUCCGAAGCCAUUUGUUGAAUGGUAUUUGGAUGGCAAAUUGGUUGCGGAAAGUCGAACGUUGAGAACGUACUUUGAUGGACGUGUCGCCAUGUUGAAAAUCUAUGAGGCACACGAAGUUCAUCAAGGACAGUAUUUGUGUCGUGUUACCAAUGACCUGGGAACGGUUGAAACGCGAUGCACUGUUAUCGUUCAACAACAACCGGGUCAAGACGAUCACGUACAGAACAUGCCUAAGUUUGUCAAGAAAUUACAAAGCGUUAAAGUGAAAAAUGAAGGCGAUUCAAUUGCACUGACUUGUCAAGUGCACGGAAUGCCUCAACCUGAUGUCCAGUGGUUAUUCAAUGGUCGAGCUAUUCACGAGGAUAGCAGUGCUCGCUCGAGGGCAUUUGAUGACGGUGUAUGUGCACUUGAAAUUGCAAAUUUAACACCAGAACGUUGUGGUACGUACACGGCAGUCGCACAUAACAUCUACGGCGACGCACAUUCAAACGCUGAAGUGUCUCUUAUCAAUAAAGAACCGGUACAUGCUGCUGUCUCAGCGCCUCAGUUCGUUGUUCCGCCCCCGACUGAUAUCUCAGUAGAACAAGACGGUGUGCUGUGCAUCGUCUGUGACAUCAGUGGUCGACCAGAACCAGAAGUGAAAUGGUUGAAAGAUGAUAAGGAGCUGGAUAAGAAUAAGCUAACGAUCAAAAAAGAUGGCAUCAGCCAUCAAAUGGUUAUUGCAAAGGUGACCGCUGAAGAUCAGGGAAAAUACGCGGUGGUUGCUGAGAAUGAAAAGGGCUUAGCCGAAACAACUGUCAUGGUCAAAGUUGUGGAUAAAAAGCGAGAGGAAGUAGCGAAGCCCUUGAAGAGAAAGAUUUCUCCACCGAACGCUCCAAGCGAAGAGCCAUUGUGCACUGAGAUCACUACAAAUACUCUUAUCGUUCGUUGGUGCAAACCAACUGACGAUGGAGGUGCAACUACCGAAGAAUAUAAAGUGGAACAGCGAAGACCUGAUGAACGUGAAUGGUCAGAACUCGGUCAUAGUCCAACAACCGAAUACAAUGUCAAGAAUUUACAACCUAACACUGAAUAUCUCUUCAGAGUAUCAGCAAAGAAUAAGGCCGGUUAUGGUGACUAUGCAACCAUGUCAUCACCAGCCAAGACACUGUCUGCUGGCAGUAAACCACUGUUCAAAAAGGCGUUCGACUCGAUCAAGUUCGUCAAUGAAUCUGAAUCAUUCGAACUUCAUGCUGUGUACGGUGGUGAACCAGAACCAACAGUGCGUUGGUAUCACAAUAAUAAAGAGAUCGUUGAGAAGAGCAAUGUAGCAAUAACUGCUGGUAAGAAACGCGGUGAAUCAACGCUGACCGUUUCAAACUGCAAGCCUGGUGUUGACGAUGGCAUUUAUUCGUGUCAUAUCGAAAACGAAUCUGGACAUGUGGCCGAUGAAACUGUCGUGAAAAUCGCAGCCAAAAAGAAGGUUGCCGAAGAAGUGGUCGAGGAGGUCACUACAAGAAGGCAAACAGGAAGUGCGCCUGAAGUGCUCAAGCAGUUGGCCAAUGAGACCACAUCAGCCGGGCAGCAAUUCGCACUUGCAUGUCGAGUGAUGGCGAAUCCGAAAGGACAAGCCGCAUGGUUCAAAGAUGACGAGAGAAUCACUGGAUCUGGUCGAUUCGAGAUCCAAACUCAAGACGCUGGAAUCUAUCGAUUGGUGUGCCAUAAUGCAAACAUCAACGAUUCUGGUACUUAUUUAUGCGUUGUGACAAACGCUAUCGGUAUUGUGCAGUCAUCUUGUGAGGUGUGUUUUCAGUCAAUCACUUUUCCGUUAAAAACAGCAUUGGCUGGCUCAAACGUCACCAUGAAGUGUCGUGUUGUGGGUACUCCAGAUCCGCAGGCGAUUUGGAUGAAGGAUGGUGAGCGAUUGAGCACAAGUCGUCGACUUAAGCUUAGUUUUGCUGAAGACGGCUGGUGCUCGUUGGCAAUAACCAAUUGCAACAGUGCUGACACUGGAGUUUAUUUGUGUUCGGCACAUAAUACACUUGGUGUUGACUGUACACAAGCAAUGCUGACAAUCGCUGAACAAGCUGGCCCAGAUUCGCAUUUGAUAACGGCCGAAGAUAAGGAGAAACUCUAUCGCAAGCCAUACUUCACACGUGCUCCUGCGCCAGUUGUUGAAACUAUCGAAGGAUCUAAGGUUAAACUCGUCAGCCGAGCAGUCGGCGUACCAGGUCCAACGGUUGUUUGGAAGAAGGAUGGAAAAGAGAUAUCGAAAAGAACUCGAAAUUACGAGAUUCGUUUGACUGGUGAAGGCGAAUCUGUGCUCACAAUUGAUUGUGUUGUCGCUAAGUCAGCGGGUAUUUUCACAUGUGUCGCGAAGAAUGCAGAAGGAGAAGAAUCGGUUGAGACACAACUGAUUGUACACACUCAUCUGCAUAAGAAACCAAAAGCAGAAGCCCCAUCAUUCACGGUUGAUCUUGUUGACAAAGGCGUCGCAGUCGGGCAUCCGGUUGUGCUGAAAUGUGAAGUGCACGGUGUGCCUGAGCCACAACUUAAGUGGUUUUUCGUUGAUGAUUCGCGCAAGAUGACUCAACUGAAGACAACCGUUGGAUCAGCAUGGGUUGAAUGUCAUAGAGGUGAAGUAUCUGAGCUGAAAACAGAUUCAGCUGUUAGCACUCAUCAGGGUACUUAUCAAUGUGUUGCGAUCAACGAACACGGCAAAGCGAUCUCGCAAUGUUAUCUUCUCGUCGGAGAGCCUACCGAUGAACCAGCUGGACCACCACGUUUCCUGCGAUGUCUUCGUGAUAUUUGGAGUCCAUUAGGAAAGGAUGUGACGUUUGAGAUUGAAGUUGGUGGUUAUCCAUUACCCGAACUGGCCUGUUUUGAAAGGCCUCAUCCAAGCAUAACAUUUCAGAUUACCUAUACCUCUGCGUCUCGAUGCGAGUUGAAAAUUUCCAACAUUGGUUUACGUCAUCUCGGAGCGUAUUCAGUUGAGGCGUCCAACGUUCACGGUGUACUACGUACAACCGCAUCGUUGAACGUCGGUCAACGUCGCGAAGAUACCAAACCACCAGUAUUCUUCCAAGGCAGGUUUUUCACUCGUCACAUUCCCCAAUGACCUGAUGACAGCUCAUUGUCAGUUGUGGCGUCGACGCAUCUUAUUUCCGAGCAAACUGAAUAUCAGAGUGUUGAAAUUCAAAGGCAAUAUGUGAAGCAGGAAAGUAAGAGGAAAGGAGCGGCACCUAAAUUCAUAUUAGGAUUGCAUGAUAUAGAACUUCGCGAAGGUGAUUCAGCUGCUCUCGCUGGAAAGCUUGCUCAAAAGAGACAUCACCGGCUUCCCGGUCGAGGUAGCGCAGCUAAAGGCUUGAAACAGUCGAUCCAAUUCGCUGAAACACUUGCCGAUGAAAAACCGGGUACAUCGAAAACACUCGGCGACGUAACAUCACUCGAGGAAAUACGCUCGGCCAUUGCCGCUCGUAACAAACAGCCAUGUCGACCGAAGUUUAUGGUGAAACCAAAAACAAAGAAAUCAAUCGAAGAGUUCAAAUCACUUCGACUGAAAACCGCAAUAUCGGCAAAUCCAACGCCAAUCGUACAUUGGGAUAAAGCAGGUGUUAUUUUGGAAACUGGCAAUAAAUACUCGAUCUACAACGAUGGCGACUUCUAUUACUUGGAGUUCGACGAAGGCUUCUACAAUUGUACCGCGUCGAAUAGCGAAGGUUUUGUAAUAUGCACGUCCGAAGUUGAAGUUACACCCGCAGAAGAAGGUAAACGUCGCUCAAAGAAACAACCGAAAGAACCCACGUUCAUUGAGGUUUUGCCUGGAAGAAUCAAGGGUGUACUGGGUGAGGCGUUAAGUGUGGAGUGCAGCGUCUCAGGAUAUCCGGCGCCAUCGGUCACGUGGUAUCGUAAUAAUACUAUCUUAAUACCACAGCAUGAUCGAUAUACAAUGCUAUAUGAUGGUGAAACUUCAACACUCAAAUUGGCAAGCUUAACGGUCGCCGAUGCCGGUAAAUACACUUGUUCAGCGGAGAAUCAACUUGGUAGUGUGAAAACUUCGAUGCAGUUGGACGUUGAUUCAAGUGCUGCCUCAACACCACUCGAAGAAGGCAAUCCACCAAAAUUCAGAGUCGAGAAAAUCAAAGAGAUCAUUAAAGGUGAAGACGGUGAUCAAAUCCAGCUGCGAGCUGAACUCAUCGGAGGCACCGAACCAAUAACAAUCCGUUGGCUUCGAAAUAAAGUUGAAAUCACUGACUCGAGUGCCUUCAAAUACGCACGUGAUGGCGAAAAUGUAACGCUGACCAUAGCCGAUGCAUUCCCCGAGGAUGCGGGUGAAUACAUUUGUGAGGCAAAGAAUACAUUUGGUACUGCGAAAUGCACCAUGCGACUUGCCGUUGCGAGUGAGUGUUGUUCAUCUUACCGUAUGCAGGGCCCACAUCUAAGAAGUGAACAAAAAAGUGCUCAUGAGGUAGCGCCAGUGAUUGCUGAAGCUCCAAAGCGAACAACAGUUGAUCCUGGACAUGAGGCAGUCAUAUCGGCCACAGUCCGAGGAUUCCCUGAACCGGUAAUCGUAUGGACCAGACAUGGCGUUCCGAUUGUCGCCAGUGAGAAAUACGAGAUGAGUCAUUCCGAUGAACGAACAACACUGAUUAUCAAGGAUGCAACACGUGAAGAUGCCGGUAAAUAUGAUCUUAAAGCAGUGAACUGUGCUGGAACAGCCACUGCUCAGAUUCAACUGGAAGUCGUCGAAAUUACCGACUCGGAUUCUGUCCUCCCUGCGUUCACGACGUUGCCGAUGUCGAUUCAAUGUCCAAUCGGACAGACGGCUGUUCUCAAAUGUGCUUUUAAGGGUUCACCACAACCGACAGUCUCGUGGUUCCGUGGUGAACAGAAACUGACGUCGGGUCGUGGUGGAAUCGAAAUCACAUCGACAUCGACAACAUCUGAACUUUCGAUACUACAGCUUGGCGAAACCCAUAUCGGGGAGUAUCUGUGCGCAGUGAGAAAUGCGUACGGAGAAGACCUCGCCAGAGCAAAGAUUCUACUUGAAGGUUCAUCAGCAGCAUUACCUCAACGUCGAAGUCGCAAAAUUUGA